AUGUCAGACAAUAUCUACUUGAAAUAUGACGGCUUCGAAGGAUACCCAAACUUCCAGAUUCGAUUGAAUCCGAUGGGUACAAAAGACUGCGACUUCGAGCUGUCCUGCAAAUGCAAAUUCCGAGUUCCAGAUAUUCCUCUCAGAGAUGCGACUUGUGAAGGAACGCUCAUCGAAGACAUCUACCAAGGACUACCGAUCUUCUUGGCCGGCCUGUACAAAGGGGAAGUCGUCCAGAAAGAGGAAUCGCUGUGGAAUGUUCCCGAUUUCAAACCUGCAAAGCAUCUCUUUUGCCCGAAAGAUGAGGGGCAGGUACAGCACGUCAAGGAAUUCGUCGAGCAAAGACGGGCAAUGCUCAUUGAGUCUGGAGGGAAAGAAAUGGAGAACUGCAAUUGCUGCCUCUACGGCAACGACACAUUGCAGACGAUGAUGCACCUGAUUAUUUUCCGAAGCACAGUCCAAGGAUCCUCCCACUCGUCAACAUCCAGAGACUUGACUUCGGCAACGAAAACAGCGAGGAAGGGCCCGCGCCUACCAAAGGCCGUCAAGAAAGUGCUCCAGAAGGCUCACAAGGAUCUCGAAGCCGCGACAAAGCCAUACACGUCUGAUGAAAAGAUGGCAGAGCUGUUCAAAGAGACCGUCGGAGUCAAGCCACAGAAGAAAUUGAUCAAGAAGAAGCCGAAUCAAGGAAAAGCACCAAAUAACAUCCGCAAGACGAAGAAGCCAGCACGUCUAUGA